AUGGUUAUCCAGCUUCCUUCGACCCCCGCCGGCUGGCUCUUUGCCGGCCUCGCUCUUCUCGAUAUCCCCAUCCAAUCCUGUCAAAUCAUCAAUCCCAAAGAUAAUGUGCGGAACUUUGAAGUCAGUCCCAUUCUUGGCAAGGCUCUUGCCGUGCUUUUGGUAGCAAUGAACGCAUACGACCUCACUUCGGCUGUCAACAAUAACCUGACAUUCCUGUGGAUCUCGUUUGCCGCAAGGGUUACGAUGGUCCUCGUGUUUCUUCAGGCGGGCGGGGCGUGGCGGAAGCGUGCUGUGAUGCCAGGGGUAUUGACAAGUCUGAUCUUCGUGGCGCUCUGCAUGUCCUAG